GAAUGCAACAAUUUCUAACCUUUGACCCACACAGCAGGCAGCAUGGCUUCCAAGCGGAAAGUUGGUGAGGCAAAACUGGAAAAAGAGGAGUUGGACCUGUUUGUGGAUGCUCCUCCUGAUGAUGAUGAUGAUGAUGAUGGGGACACCUCUGACAGUGAGGAGUCGGUGUACUCUGGGUUAGAGGAGGAGCCAAGCAGCUCGGAGGAGGAGGAGGAGAACUCAUCUGAUAAUGAAGACCAUGGUACAGAUGACACCACAGACACCCCAGGACCUACCACUGACAAUACUGCAGGGUCUGCAGGUACUUCCUCCACGGAGCGCCUGGACAACAGGCCGCAGCCUGAUGAGUACGAGUUCGACUCCUCGGAUGAAGAGGACAUCCGUAACACAGUAGGUAACAUCCCCAUGGAGUGGUACAAUGACUACCCCCACAUCGGGUACAACCUGGACGGGAAGAAGAUCAUGAAACCUGCCAAGGGUGACGAACUGGACGAGUUCUUAAACAAGAUGGACAAUCCCGAUUACUGGAGAACAGUGAAAGAUAAAACAACAGGAGAGGAUGUUAAGCUAACAGAUGAGGAACUGGAUAUCAUCCAGCAGAUCCAAAGGGGCAAAUACCCAGACAAGGCCUACAAUCCGUAUGAGCCAUAUAUAGACUUCUUCACACAUGAGAAGAUGAUCCAUCCAGUAAACAACCACCCAAGAUCCAAACGCAGCUUUAUCCCAUCACUCGUGGAGAAGGAGAAGGUGUCCAAGCUGGUCCAUGCCAUUAAGAUGGGGUGGAUCAAACCCAGGAAGGCUCGUGAUGAUGAACCCAAGUACUAUGAUAUCUGGGAGAACGACAAUCAGUACACUCCAGACAAGCGGUACCAGACUCACAUCCCUGCUCCCAAGCUGAAGCUGCCUGGCCACGAGGAGUCCUACAACCCACCCCCAGAGUACCUGCCAUCUGAAGAGGAAAUCCUAGCCUGGACCCAGGCCGACCCUGAGGACAGGAGACAAGCUUUCCUGUCUAAGAAGUAUGAUGCCCUGAGGAAGGUUCCAGCCUACGCUGGGUUUGUGAAGGAGAGGUUUGAGAGAUGUCUGGAUCUGUACCUGUGCCCCAGGCAGAGGAAAAUGAGGGCCAAUGUGACAGCGGAAGACCUGAUCCCCAAGCUUCCCAAACCUCGAGACCUUCAGCCCUUCCCCACGACCUUGUCAGUGGUGUAUGAAGGUCACACGGAUGUUGUGAGAUGCAUCAGUGUGGAGCCAACAGGGCAGUGGCUGGUCUCAGGUUCAGAUGAUGAGACGCUGAGGUUCUGGGAGGUGGCCACCGGGCGGUGCAGGAAGGUACUGCAGCUGGGCGGGAGGGUGCGCAGCGUGGCCUGGUGUCCCAACUCUGCAGUCUGUCUGGUGGCUGCAGUUGUUGAUAGCACGGUGAUAAUUAUCAACCCCAGCCUGGGUGAUAAGCUGGUUUAUCACUCCACUGAUAACCUGUUGAACACGUACGAGGCACCAGAGAGUCAGGAGACCAAACUUCCCGUGGAAUGGGCGGCAGCAGAGGGCAAGGAACACGACAUGGGGAUCAGGCUGAGAAUAUCGCAUCCGAAAACCAUAAGACAGGUGACCUGGCAUGGGAAGGGUGACUACUUUGCCAUAGUGAUGCCAGAUGGAGGAAGGAUGUCUGUACUCAUCCAUCAGCUCACCAAGAGAAGAUCACAGAACCCCUUCAGGAAGUCUAAAGGCCUGGUGCAGUGUGUGCUCUUCCACCCCAUCAGGCCGUUCCUGUUUGUAGCUACCCAGAGAUAUGUGCGUGUGUAUAACCUACUGAAGCAGGAGCUGACCAAGAAACUCAUGGCCAACUGCAAAUGGGUGUCCAGCAUGGCUGUCCAUCCUGGAGGUGAUAACCUGAUUAUCGGCAGCUACGACAGCAGGCUCAGCUGGUUUGACAUGGACCUAUCCACUAAACCCUAUCAAACCCUCAGGCACCAAAAGAGGGCGCUGCGCCAGGUUUGUUACCACAAGAAGUACCCGCUGUUUGCCUCUGCCUCAGAUGAUGGUACAGUUGUCAUCUGUCAUGGCAUGGUGUACAGCGACUUGUUACAGAACCCCCUGCUUGUCCCUGUGAAGAUCCUGCGGGGUCACAAGGUGACCCAGAACCUGGGUGCUAUGGACUGUGAGUUCCACCCCACACAGCCCUGGAUCUUCUCAUGUGGAGCAGACACCACUGUCAGACUGUAUACAUGAUCAGCCAAUGUCCACAUAUCUUAGGAGUAUUUUUAUCUUCUAACUUUUAGAAAAGGAUGUAUGUUUAACCCGUUCCCCUUAUGCAGGGCCUUGCCCAUGGCACGUACAAUAUACCUUGGGGAGGCUUUGCUAGAUAGGGCUGAAGUUUCCACUUCUAACCACCUGUUGGUCAGAAAAUCAGCUUCACCCAAACAAAAUAUGAAGGUUAUUCUCUUGGCUGACAGCUGAUGAAAGGCCAUUACUACAAAUGUGGAAACCUUUGCACAGUUUAGCAGAGCCUCCCCAAUGUAUUUUGUGUAUAUCACAGGCAAGGAUCUUGAUGAUGUGACAUGACACAAAGAAGUAAACAAAAGCCUUCAAUACACACCUUAUAGUUUGUUUGGAUGUAUGUAAGACUUACAUAUAUUAAAUUUUAUACUGGCAUCAUCAAAACUGGCAAUAACUGUCUUUGAUAUGAAAAAGACAUAAAAUGGUCCUAGUGUGCAAGCAUGAUCAAACAUGAGAUCAUUGUGAUUCAAGUUUUCAAAGAAUCAGUGUCCUCAAUUGCCUUGAUUCUUCCUUACCCUACCACCUUUUGCACAAUAUCUCCAUGAGCUAACUCUCCACAUUUAUGACACAAUAUUAUCAUAAUAUUAAAUUGAAUUUGAUGUACAUACAGAUUGCGAUAUUUGGUAGCUAGCAGGCACGCGGUGUGGGGUAGUACCAAUGGUACUAUGUCAGCUACAGCUACAAUCUACUAGAACAAGGUCCAAACCAAAGCCAAACAUUAAAAUUCAAACUAAAACUAUACAAAAUGUAAACUGAAGUAUUAUUGGUUUGUCAUUGCAAUUUCAUUGUUCCACAUUACAUUAUAAGCAAGAUGAUUUUAGACCUAAUUGGUCCAUUUAUAGUGGAUUAGAUAUUAAAAGACAACAUU